UUAAAAACAACCAAAGAAGAAGAAGCGCUAGCAGUAGAAGAAGAAUAAAACGAAGACGUUAGUUGAAGUGAUUCUUUUCCAUAAGUCAUUAUUAUUUGAUAGAAACUAUUUGGAGCAGUACCAUUUUAUUUAUAAAGUCAUAUAUACGGUGUACUGCUUACGGUGCUUCGUGAGAGGGAAAAUAAGUAAGGCUUGGCCGACUUCCGCCCCUCAGCUUUUCACUCAUUUAAACGGAGAGAACUUUUGUUUGCAUCUUGAACGUUAGCAUCGGUUGUCAACAGACGCCAACAUGGCACAACAAGCUGCUGCUCUGCAGACAUACAACAACGAACUCGUAAAGUGUAUCGACGACCUGUGCUCCAAGCGGGAAGAGUUGAACCGUCAGAUCAAGCUGGAGGAAGAGGAGAGGGAGCGACUACAGCAUGACAUCGGCAUCCUGUCCGAGAAGCUGAGCAGAGUCAAUGAAAGCCUCGCACAAAGACUGGCUGCACGCGCGACAUUCGACCGCACCAUUGCAGAAACCGAGUCCGCAUACACCAAGAUCUUGGAGAGUUCCCAGUCUCUACUCAGCGUCCUGAAACAUGAGGCAGGAAACCUCAGUAAAGUCACAGAACCUCGCAGAAAAGAACACUAAUGUACGAUAAGUGGUUCUGGAAAAACCUUUUAAUUAUGUAGUUUUUACACCAAUAAAUUAUUAAAAAGUAACAUUGGGGGUUCAGAGUUGAGUUUUAGCUUUGUGUGGGUUAUGGUAGCUUGGUUAUUGUAUGUUUGUUGAUAAUUCAAACCGGCAAUAAAAGCCUGUUGUUCUGGCAAUGGAUGUCUGGUGCU